AUGGAAGUGAGAUGUCGUCCAGCGGUGUUGUGUUGUGUUUUUGCCGUCCUCUGCUCCGCAGUUCCUCACUCGGUGGGAUACGGGGACAGACAGUACCUGAACGAGUGGGCAGUAGAGAUCCCAGGCGGACUGUCCGCUGCGGAGGCGAUCGCCAGGGAACUGGACUACGACUUUGUCCGACAGAUUGGGGCCCUGGAAGACCACUUCUUGUUCAAGCAUCGCAGACACCCUAGCAGAAUGAAACGAAGUGCCCAACACAUCACCAGACAACUGUCAGAGGACGAUCGGGUACUGUGGGCAGAGCAACAGUACGAGAAACGUCGCAAUAAGCGAGCGUCCCUCGGAGAGUGCAGGGACUGCCCAGCGGACAAGCUGUUUGAUGACCCCAUGUGGAACCAGCAGUGGUACCUGCAAGACACACGGACCUCUUCCUCCCUGCCAAAGCUAGACCUGCACGUGAUCCCCGUGUGGCAGAAAGGCAUCACAGGAAAAGGAGUGGUCAUCACCGUGCUGGAUGACGGACUGGAGUGGAACCACACAGACAUCUACUCGAACUACGACGCAGCAGCCAGCUUUGAUUUCAAUGACAACGACCCGGACCCUUUCCCCAGAUACGACUCCACCAAUGAAAACAAGCACGGGACCAGGUGUGCUGGGGAGAUAGCAAUGCAGGCAGACAACAAUAAAUGUGGUGUUGGAGUGGCAUACAACUCAAAAGUUGGAGGAAUUCGUAUGUUGGAUGGGAUUGUGACUGAUGCCAUUGAGGCAAGCUCCAUUGGGUUCAAUCCAGACCACGUGGACAUCUACAGUGCCAGCUGGGGACCCAACGACGAUGGCAAGACAGUGGAAGGUCCAGGUCGGCUGGCUCAGAAGGCCUUCGAGUACGGUAUCCAGAAGGGCCGUGGUGGGAAAGGUUCUAUCUUUGUUUGGGCAUCAGGUAAUGGUGGCCGCCAGGGCGACAACUGUGACUGUGAUGGCUACACAGACAGCAUCUACACCAUCUCAAUCAGUAGUGCCUCCCAGCAGGGCCUGUCCCCAUGGUACGCUGAGAAGUGCUCCUCCACUCUUGCUACAGCGUACAGCAGUGGAGAUUACACCGACCAGAGAAUCACAAGUGCUGAUCUACACAAUGAGUGCACUCAGACUCACACUGGAACGUCGGCCUCUGCCCCACUGGCUGCUGGAAUAUUUGCCCUGGCACUGGAACAAAAUCCAGAUCUUACCUGGAGAGACCUGCAGCACAUUGUGGUCUGGACAUCAGAGUUUGAUCCUUUGGCCAAUAACCCAGGCUGGAAGAGGAACGGAGCAGGGCUGAUGGUCAACAGCCGCUUCGGCUUUGGCCUUCUCAAUGCCAAAGCCCUGGUGGACCUUGCUGACCCAGCCACCUGGAAACAUGUACCAGAAAAGAAGCAAUGUAUUGUCAGGGAUGACUCGUUCCAGCCCAGGGAGCUGAAGGCGGCAGGGGAGAUCACUAUAGAGAUUCCAACCAAAGCCUGUGCGGGGCAGGAGAAUGCUGUCAGCUCAUUGGAGCAUGUGCAGGUGGAGGCCAGCAUUGAAUACACCAGGAGAGGGGACCUACACAUCACACUCACCUCCCCAGCAGGCACCAGUACAGUGCUGCUGGCUGAGAGAGAGAGGGACACAUCCUCUAAUGGCUUCAGAAACUGGGACUUCAUGUCUGUCCAUACAUGGGGAGAAGACCCUGCUGGUACAUGGACUCUGAAGAUCACUGACACUUCGGGUCGUAUGGAGAAUGAGGGUCGGAUUUUGAACUGGAAGUUGAUUCUCCAUGGAACAUCAGAGAAGCCAGAUCACAUGAAGAAACCUCGAGUGUACAUACCCUAUAACGCUGUGCAGAAUGAUCGCCGUGGUGUGGAGCAUAUGGAUGACAUGAUGGAGGAGCCCACCCAGGCCCAUUCACCUCCAAAGUCUGAUACUGCAAAAGCCUCCCCCCCUUCCAACGCAGAGAAGAAAUCACAAAUUCCUGCAAAUUCCCCGUACUCCCCCACCCUGGCCCUGCUGCGUCUCCUGCAGACGGCCUUUAACAGGCAGACCACAGCCCUGCAGCAGCCACAGUCGAUAACCAGGGACUUCUCUGACUGGAGGAAGCAGCAGCCAGGCAGGGGUCUCUCCCCUCCUGCUACAAGACUCCCCCCACAGAAGCUGUACCAGGCUCUGGACAUGAUCAACAAGUACCGCGGCCCGGAGGACAGUGUCUACAGUGACUACAGCGAUGGCUUCUACAGCACCAAGCCGUACAGGCACAGAGAUGACCGACUGCUGCAGGCCCUGUUUGACAUGUUAGAUAAUCAGAAGUGA